CCCUGACAUUGAUCAAUGGCUUUGCCAACGCUAACAGUAUAAAGACCCCAGUCUCUACGACAUGCCCCUUUGAGCCGACGCUUUACAACACCACAGGCCCCCCCCAAACAAAACUCACCAUGCUCACCGCCAAAGGCAUCGUGGUCUUCUCCGGCGGCAGCGCUGCCAACUCUCUCGUCGAUGUCUUCGAAGCGGUCCGCGAGACCAAGGCCUGCCCAUUAUCCUACAUCAUUCCCAUAAGCGACAACGGCGGUUCCUCUUCCGAGUUGAUACGUGUAUUUGGGGGACCGGGGAUUGGGGACGUGCGAAGUCGACUGGUCCGUCUGAUCCCUACCGACCCGCCUUCGGCUGAGAGAUCGGCCAUCUCCAACUUGUUCAAUCACCGCCUGUCGUCCUCUUCCUCGGCGGAUGCUGCAAAUCAAUGGCAGAGCAUAGUCUGGGGUACGUCUGAGCUCUGGAACGGCAUACCCUCGGCCAAGAAGGAGCUGAUCCGGUCCUUUCUUAACCUGCUGAACCUCGAGAUCCUGAAGCGAGCGAGGCCUUCGUCGACUUUCGACUUCACGUCGGCCAGUGUCGGCAAUCUGUUUCUGACGGGUGCACGGCUCUUCAGUGGCAGUUUCGAAUCUGCAAUUUACCUGUUGAGCAGCCUGUGCGCCAUCCCCGACGGAGAGGUGCGAGUCAUCCCCAGCAUCAAUUCCAAUUUCUCCCACCACAUCGCGGCUGGGCUGGCGAAUGGCGAGACCAUAGUAGGACAGAACAAUAUCUCGCAUCCUGCGGCCAAAACAGCCUUGGAGAUGCCGACAGUGUCGUCUUCAAAUACACCACCCGACUUCCGCGCCCGCCAUUAUGUCGAGCACUCUGAGGAGAUCGAGGACGCUCAUUUGCCAGGGACACUUCCGACGUUACGCCAGCGAAAUAUCAAAUUCAGCAAAGACCUUGACCAAGACCUCCCAGCUCGAAUCGAACGGAUAUGGUAUAUCAAUCCCUACGGACAAGAAAUGUUGCCCCCCGCCAAUCCACGAGUAAUCUCAGCGAUCAAGCAAUCGCAAGCUGUUAUAUACUCUAUCGGUUCACUAUACACUUCAAUCAUUCCCUCAAUUGUCCUCAAAGGAGUCGGUGAGGCCCUGAAUUCGACCCCGGCCCGCCAUAAGAUUCUCAUUCUGAAUGGUUCUCUGGAUCGUGAGACGGGCCCAAGCUCGAGUCCAUUUUCUGCAUUUGACUUCGUGGAAGCCAUCGCCCGUGCUUGCGAACAGUCCCAGGGACGUCUGUGGAGACCUAAGCUUCAUACCUCACGAUCAGACGACACUUUAAAGUCGUCAGCGCCAUCAACUCCUGCCGCUACUCGACACGGAGAAUUUCUGUUUCCAGGGACAAACCACCAUCCACGAGACGCUGCUCGCGACUCGGUUUACCGCAAAUAUGUGACCCACGUCAUUCACCUGACUGGUGAAGGAACUCCAUACGUCGAUCGAAACCAUCUUGCCUCCCUCGGGAUUGAUUGCUUGAAGCUAUACGGUCGCAAGAGUCCUAAAGGCGAAAUGUUCUACGAUCCGCAAGCCUUAGUUGGCGCCAUUGAGGCAAUUCUCGGCAAAAAGGGAGAUGCGAUGGCCCUGAGCAGAAGCCGGAGAAACACCGUCGACGCAAACGCCUUGUCUCAACUGCAGGAAGCAAGGACAAAUGCCCGGAUAGAGGCCCUCAAGACGCCGUGAGAUGAACUCCGGCUGAGAAGCUCAUAACUUGCCGCUCCUAUUGCGCAACCAGGCAACAAAUGGCAGCUUCCACUCAACCCUCCGAAGACUUUCAUGAAAAAUAUCAAAGUCAACUUUCUGCAGACGAUCGAGCCACAACUGAGUGCUGACUGCUGGGCCCAUUACAACACCAAAACCUUCCUCGAUCUCUUCUUUGCUCCUGUCAGCAGACAUUUUGGUACCAACGUCGUACUUGCUGUACUCAUGACCUUCAUCGUGCAUAUGCUCGAACUCGUGGCCUGGAUCUUGAUUCUCCCGGAUACCUUUGAGCAUGGCACGUGCGGUUAUGAGAUGGUCAGAGGCACGGGUGGCGACUGUGAAUACCGCAUCACGGAUGCCCGAAGCGUUUGCCCCAUUUCGAAAAAUAUCUUCCUCCCUGACACCACUUUGAGACAUGACAUCUAAGGGUAGCGUGAUAACACCCUGCCGGUCUCGGACGGGAGCGGCGCCCAUACCAGGAGGAUUGUUGGAAUGGAGGUUCGGAGGAGGUGGAAAAGCAAGCAAUGGCACUCCCCGAAGCACAGCCACUAUCCCAGCUGCCUUGCCAACAUAUAGGAGCGUUGAAUAGGUCGAUUCAGCGUAGGACUCGAGCUCAGCCAUGUUGGUGAAGCCGGGAUGCGUCAAUUUUCGAUCUCGGGCCGUGAUGAUGCGGUGGAACCAGGUCUUGUUGAGCUUGUUCCCUUGUUUUAGAUAUGAAGCAAGCAGAAUGGCGACAGGUUCUGAUGGAGGCGCAAGCUUGAAAGUCUUGUCAAUGGUCUCCCGCCAGAAUUGCAUUCUCAUGGCACCGAUCUGUGGCAUUGAAACCACGUCGGGGAUCCUGGCCAGCUCGAUGUUGAAAGCGCGGAUAGCGAAAUAGGCCGGAAGCAUGUGCGGCUGGAUGAAAUGGGCCAGAGUGUAUGAGGGCGAAUCAUAGUUACUGGUACAUUCGAAUGAGCAACCCGCCCCCCGCGUAUAGAGGAUGCUUGAGCUUACCGAACAAGAUUUGAG